AGCCGCUGACGCCGCCGGGGGAGGCUCCAGCCGGGCGGCGGCUCUGGUUCCUAUAUGGGCCACUUUUUCUCGCGGAAGGGAACCAACCUGAACGCGGAUAGGAGCCGCCGGCGCAGUCGCCCCCUGAGGGGGAAGGUGGUGCCGCCGCCGCGGAGCCGGAGCUGCUUCCUGCGCGGGCCCUGCAUGCUCUGCUUCCUCGUCCACAGCGCCAGCCCGCCCUCCCGCCAAGAGCCGCCGCCGUACGCUUCUCUGAAGGCCCCGGAGGAGCGCGCCGCUCGCCGUCUUCUGCGCCUGUCGCCCUUGGCCGCCGCCGCUUGGGAAGCGCGGAGUCGCCGCUGCCGCCGCUUGCUGCUCUCCGACCUGCUGUUCCCUUCGCCGCCGCCGCCGCCUCCUCCGCGGGGCUUCUUGGCGCCCGCGCUGCAGACUGGCGAGGCCAGCGCGGAGAUGGUGUGCAAGCGCAAAGGAGUCGGCUUGCCCGCCUGCCCUCCCUGCAAGCAGCCCCGCUGCGCCCCUGGCCCGACCGGGGUGGGAGCCGAGAGUCCCUCGCCGCCCCCUGAGGCCGCCGGCUGCCAGCAGGGCGCCUUGCCCGAGUCGCACCUCUGCCCCCUGCCCUGCGCCUCGGACUGCGCCCAGCUCGAAGCCUCGCCGAAAGACCCGGGCGGGGAGACCGGGGGCGGGAGGGGGGUGGCGCAGUCGGAGUCCGCCUCGCAGCUCCCUGAGCUCGGCGGGAGGGAGAAGCAGGAGUCCCGCGAGCCGGACUGCGAGGAGCCCCCCGAAAACCCUGGCGACUGUUGUCCAGAGCCCCAGCCGCCUUCCCCGGACAUCAACCAGCUGCCGCCCUCCAUUCUUCUCAAGAUAUUUUCCAACUUAUCCUUGAAUGAGCGAUGUCUUUCAGCAUCAUUAGUUUGUAAAUAUUGGCGUGAUCUCUGUUUAGAUUUCCAGUUCUGGAAACAGUUGGAUCUCAGCAGCCGUCAGCAGGUCACUGAUGAAUUACUGGAAAAAAUUGCAUCCAGAAGUCAGAAUAUAACUGAAAUCAAUAUAUCAGAUUGCCGUAAUAUAUCAGAUACCGGAGUAUGUGUGCUCGCAUUUAGAUGUCCUGGACUUCUGAGGUAUACUGCCUACAGAUGUAAACAGUUGUCUGACACAUCCAUAAUUGCUGUGGCCUCACAGUGCCCUCAGCUGCAGAAAGUGCACGUGGGCAAUCAAGACAGGCUUACUGAUGAAGGACUCAAGCAGCUGGGCGCCAAGUGCAGAGAACUGAAAGAUAUUCAUUUUGGGCAAUGCUACAAGAUUUCAGAUGAAGGAAUGAUAGUAAUAGCUAAAGGUUGUCUAAAGCUACAACGAAUAUAUAUGCAAGAAAACAAAUUGGUGACAGAUCAGUCUGUUAAAGCAUUUGCAGAACACUGUCCUCAGUUGCAGUAUGUUGGGUUUAUGGGCUGUUCUGUUACAUCUAAAGGAGUCAUACACCUUACCAAUCUAAGAAAUCUUUCAAGCUUGGAUCUACGGCAUAUCACAGAACUGGAUAAUGAAACAGUGAUGGAAAUAGUAAAGAGAUGCAAAAACCUUACCUCUCUCAAUCUAUGUCUGAACUGGAUUAUUAAUGACAGAUGUGUAGAGGUCAUUGCUAAAGAAGGACAGAAUCUGAAAGAGCUGUACUUAGUAUCCUGUAAAAUCACAGACUAUGCACUGAUAGCCAUUGGGCGAUACAGUAUGACAAUAGAGACUGUGGAUGUAGGAUGGUGCAAAGAAAUCACAGAUCAGGGAGCCACUCAAAUUGCUCAAAGUAGCAAGUCUCUCAGAUACUUAGGACUGAUGAGAUGUGACAAGGUGAAUGAAGUGACUGUAGAACAACUAGUGCAGCAGCACCCGCACAUAACCUUCAGUACUGUACUACAAGACUGCAAGAGGACCUUGGAACGGGCAUACCAGAUGGGUUGGACACCCAACAUGUCCACUGCCUCUUAA